GAAGCAAGGCUACUUGAGACAGAGGCUAACAUGACCCUUUUCAGGUACAUUGAGGAUGGUCACUCCUUGCAUUUGUGCACUACUUGGUUUUUCAACGCAUGUCCCACAGUUCUCAUCUUAUUUUAUUCUUAAGAAGCGGUUCUGGAUUUCUUACACUGAUGGGGACCAAUGUGCCUCGAACCCGUGCCGGAAUGGAGGCACCUGUGAGGACCAGCUCCAGUCCUACAUCUGCUUCUGCCUCGACAGUUUCCAGGGCCGGAACUGUGAGACAAACAAGAAGGACCUGCUGGUCUGUGUGAAUGAGAACGGCGGCUGUGAGCAGUAUUGCAGUGACCACGUCGAGGCCGGGCGCUCUUGCCAUUGCCACGAGGGGUACGCGCUCCAAGACAACGGGGUGUCCUGCGUGCCCACAGUGGAAUAUCCGUGUGGAAAAAUACCUGUUCGGGAGAAGAGAAAUGGCAGUAACCCUCAAGGCCGAAUUGUGGGUGGCCAAGUGUGCCCCAAAGGGGAGUGUCCUUGGCAGGCUGUCCUGAAGGUGGACGGGGCGCUGCUGUGUGGGGGCACCCUCCUCGACGCUGCCUGGGUGGUCUCUGCAGCUCACUGCUUUGACACAGUCAAGAACUGGAGAAACCUGACCGUGGUAUUGGGCGAGCAUGACCUCGGCGAGGAUGAGGGUGAGGAGCAGGAGAGGCACAUAACCCGGGUCAUCAUCCCCGACAAGUACAUCCCCCGCAAGACGAACCAUGACAUCGCCCUGCUGCACCUGAGCAGGCCCGUGACCUUCACCGACCACGUGGUGCCCCUGUGUCUGCCCGAGAAGGCCUUCUCCGAGAGGACGCUGGCCUCUGUCCGCUUCUCAACUGUCAGUGGCUGGGGCCAGCUGCUGGACAGGGGCGCCACGGCCAUCCAGCUCAUGGCCAUCGACGUGCCCCGGGUGAUGACCCAGGACUGCCAGGAGAAGUCACGCAGGCGGGAGGGCUCCCCCACCAUCACCGAGAACAUGUUCUGUGCCGGCUACCUGGACGGGAGCAAGGACGCCUGCCAGGGGGACAGUGGGGGCCCGCAUGCCACCAAGUUCCAGGGUACCUGGUACCUGACCGGCAUCGUCAGCUGGGGGGAGGGCUGUGCGAACGAGGGCCACUUCGGGGUGUACACCAGGGUCUCCCAGUACAUCGAGUGGAUGCGCAGGCUCAUGCGCUAGCACCCCCUGAGAGGCCUCCUCCAGGCCCCGCUGCCCUAGCCCCAGGGCCAGCGCCUGCCCCAAAUAAAGCUGCUGCCCGUCCCUCCCUCAAA